AUAAUAAAAGUAAAAAAAUAGAGAGUAUUAUGAUGAAUAAGGGACUUGAAAUUCUCUCUCCAGCCUCUUAUCUGCACACAUCCAAUUGGUUGUUCCAAGAGAGUAAAGGUACCAAAUGGACUCCUGAAGAGAACAAGUGCUUUGAAAAUGCCCUUGCUUUGUAUGAUAAAGAUACCCCUGACCGUUGGAUUAAGGUGGCCGCCAUGAUUCCUGGGAAAACAGUUGGAGAUGUCAUCAAACAGUACAGGGAAUUGGAAGAAGAUGUGAGUGAUAUAGAGGCUGGUCUCAUACCAAUCCCUGGUUACAGCCAUGAUUCUUUUACAUUGGAGUGGGUUAACGAUAAUAGUCAAGGGUUUGAUGGAUUCAGACACUAUUACACUCCAGGUGGCAAAAGAGGCACAGGGUCGAGAUCUUGUGAUCAAGAGAGGAAGAAAGGUGUGCCUUGGACUGAAGAAGAACACAGACAAUUUCUACUGGGGCUUAAAAAGUAUGGUAAAGGGGAUUGGAGGAACAUUUCGCGGAAUUUCGUGACGACUCGGACUCCAACUCAGGUGGCGAGUCAUGCUCAAAAGUACUUCAUCAGGCAGCUCAAUGGGGGGAAAGACAAGAGGAGGUCCAGUAUCCAUGAUAUCACGACGGUUAACAUCCCCGAUACCCCAUCUUCUUCGCCGGAUCACUGCAAGAGUUUGUCUCCGAAUGAUUCUUCUACGGUCGUACAGGCGCAGCAGCUAGUGAAACCAGCCACGACUAAAGAGAUUGAUUUUGAGUGGAAACAACAAAAUGAGGGAGCACCUAUGGUUUUCGACCAGAUGAGUAAUCCCAAUGCUUUCCUGCCCCCAUUCUCUGGGAUUUCAUCGUACGGACCGAAGCUUGAGGAACAAAAUUUUCUUAGAGAAACUCUUCCCGGAUCUCAAUUCGGAUCAUACAACACUCUUUUCCAGAUGCAAUCAAUGCAACAUCAAUAAAUUCAUCGACGAAAGAGGGAAAUAAGGUAUUAUUAUUAGUUAAAUGAUAUGAAUACGAAGCGGUGAUGUGUAUAUCUUGGAGAUGCAAUUCAGUCCAUAGUUUCCUCUAUAAAGAGAGAUUAGUUAGGUGGUUUUAUGAUUUCAUCAUUCAAAUCGCGAAUCAUUGAACCGAAAAGAUAAGCUCAUUUACACGAUGAAGCAUCGGUGUUUACGUUAAUUCUAGUCUAGUCGUGUGUAUGCAUCAUCUGUUGUCACCUUUCAUUCUUAGAUUGUGUGUUCCUACAGAGGCUUGGUUUGAUAAUA